GCUUUUGAGUAAGCGUGCUUUACUCAGCACGUGGAGAGCCAGGAGGAUUCCUCCCCCUCUCCACAUCCACAGCCACCCUGCCUCUCGCCUUUCCUCCUUCUCCUGCACUCUCACACAUCCCCCAGAGGCAAGGGUGCGGGUGCCUGGAAAUGCGAAUGUCACCUGAUAGGAUGCUACUGCUAUACUCCCAUCUCUCUGCACAGCAUAAGCUCUUCUCUCCUGGUGACUGUGGAAGAAACUCUGCCAAGCUUUGCUCUGCUUAGCAGAAUGCAGAGCUUGCUGCAAAUGCAAAAUUGAAGUCCAUCUUUGCACCUCUUACAUGCCAAGGGGCUUCAGUGUUUUCUUGCUUUCAGUUCCUGUCUUUCCUCAAACCUCUCUUCUCAAAAGGAAGGUCUGUUCUGUUUCUGGCAAUGCAUCCCAAGAGGCGGCUAUGUUGGUGUCUCCCUGCUUUUGGUGCGUGGGUAUUCAUGCUCACAUCCUUAAUUACAGACACCACAGCCUGUGAGUCAGAGGAACGGCUAUUUCACAAACUCUUCUCCCACUACAACCAGUUCAUCAGGCCAGUGGAAAACGUAUCUGAUCCUGUCACGGUGCAUUUUGAAUUGGCUAUUACCCAGCUUACAAAUGUGGAUGAAGUCAAUCAGAUUAUGGAAACCAAUCUAUGGCUAAGACAUAUUUGGAAUGACUACAAAUUGCGAUGGGAUCCCAGAGAAUAUGAUGGAAUUGAAUUUGUUCGGGUACCAGCAGAUAAGAUUUGGAAACCAGAUAUUGUCCUAUACAAUAAUGCUGUGGGAGAUUUUCAAGUUGAAGGAAAGACCAAAGCCCUUCUUCGCUACGAUGGAAUGAUCACCUGGACCCCACCAGCUAUAUUUAAAAGCUCCUGUCCCAUGGAUAUCACCUUUUUCCCUUUCGAUCAUCAGAACUGUUCAUUGAAAUUUGGCUCGUGGACUUAUGACAAAGCCAAAAUAGAUCUUCUGAUCAUUGGCUCCAAAGUAGAUAUGAAAGAAUUUUGGGAAAAUAGCGAGUGGGAAAUAGUUGAUGCUUCUGGCUACAAGCAUGACAUCAAAUAUAACUGCUGUGAAGAGAUCUAUACAGAUAUAACAUAUUCAUUUUAUAUUCGAAGGUUGCCGAUGUUCUACACCAUAAAUCUGAUUAUUCCCUGCCUUUUCAUCUCGUUCCUGACUGUGCUAGUUUUUUAUCUGCCAUCUGACUGUGGCGAGAAGGUGACUCUCUGCAUCUCUGUGCUGCUUUCUUUGACUGUAUUUUUACUAGUGAUCACAGAAACAAUUCCAUCUACCUCUUUAGUAAUACCCCUCGUGGGUGAAUAUUUGCUCUUCACUAUGAUAUUUGUGACUCUCUCCAUUGUCAUCACUGUGUUUGUCCUAAACAUACAUUACAGAACUCCAACAACACACACAAUGCCCAAAUGGGUAAAAACUGUUUUUCUUAGCCUGCUCCCCAGUGUUCUGUUGAUGCAGCGGCCUCAAGAUCAGGAGAAAAAAAAUGUCUCCAAAAAGACCAAGAAAGGAUCGGUCAAAACAUCAGGCAAAUCAAAGCACAGCAAACACAAAGAUAACAAGUUACACAAGGAGCACUGGUGUUGUCACUGUGAUAAAGCAGCUGAACUCACCUCAACCAAAAGAAGUCGACUGAGUCAUCAGUCACUGAGAUGGAUGGCAGAGCACACAGAAUACUCCCCAGAAGUGAAAGAUGUCAUCAGCAAUGUUCAGUUCAUCGCCGAGAACAUGAAGUCUCAAAAUGAAACCAAAGAGGUGGAAGAUGAUUGGAAAUAUGUCGCUAUGGUGAUUGACAGAGUGUUUCUCUGGGUGUUUAUAAUCCUUUGUGUGUUUGGGACAGCUGGAUUAUUUAUCCAACCACUAAUAACAGAUACAUAACUUGAGUCACUGCUUUUUUUCAUUUAUGUUUGUAUUCCAUUUCCAGUUUGGAACUGUCCCGUAUGUUCCCCUCCUCUUACAUCAUCCUUCAGCUUCUAGCCCCAAUAGGAAGGGGAGAAGGGAAGGACCCUCUGGGAAAGCAAGAAUCCAAGGCAGAAUGAGAAGGGGAUUGAAAAUGUCAGAUGAGAUUGUGGUCUCUCUAAGGCAGAGAGGCGGAGAUUUAUAGAGUGCCUGUCUGUCUUCUCAAUUAGGUCUUCAAUAGGAAUUGCACCAAGAAUCAGAGUAGUGGACAGAAAUUAUUGAGUUUCUCCCACUGCUUCAGUUCAGGGGUCCAUUGUGAGUGAUCUGCACUAAGGGAACGAAAGUCUCACUUUUCUUUCCUCAUCACAACUCUUUCAUUUCCUCUUUCUCCCCUAUUUCAUGUACAUAUGUCUAGACUUCAGCAUGGCGCUUAGUUGAGGUACCACAUUCCUACUGACUGGAUCAACACCCCUUACUGUGCUUUUGGGACAGGGCAGAUAAAAAUCCAAAUAAAAGUACAAUCAAACCAAUCCCUUGACUCUGUAGUAUUUUUAAUACAAUUCCCAUUUUCUACAACACAUGUACACAAAUGAGGAUAUGAGAUCAGCAGCACAUGUUUUUAGUUUUAUGCUUGAAGUCCAAUACGUCUUAAGUACCUCUCUGUAGCUGACAACAAACCUGCUUCAUAUGUUGCAGUGCACAGUCUUGCUGACAUUGUUUGGAGCACAUUUUCCUCCUGCACAGUGGAAAAGGACCUGGGGGUAUUAUUUUACAGCUGGCUGACCAUGAGCCAUGGGUAUGCCCAGGUGGCCAAGAAGCCAAAUGGGAUCCUGGCUUGUGUCAGAAAUAGUGCUGUCAACAGGAGCAAGGAGGUGAUUGCCCCUCUGUACUAAGCUAUGGUGAGGCCUCAUGAUGAGUACUGUGUUCAGUUUUGUGCUACUCACUACAAGAAACACACUGAGGUCCUGGAGCAUGUCCAGAGAAGGGCAACAAAGCUGUGAGGAGAUGGGAGCACAGGACUUACGGGGAGCUGGGAUUGAGCAGUCUGGAGAAGAGGAAGCUCAGAGGAGACUUUAUCACUCCGAAAGGAGGCUAUGGAAAGGCAGGGAUUGGCCUUUCCUCCUCAGUAACAGUGACAGAAUGGGAAGGAAUAGCCUCAAGUUGUAGCAGGGGAGGUUCAUGCUGGAUGUCAGGAAAAGCUUCUCCUUAGAAAAGUGGUUGCAGUGGCAGAGGCCGCCCAGGGAGGAGUUGGAAUCACUGUCCUUGGAGGUAUUCAAGAACAGUGUGGAUGUGGCACUGAUGGACAUGGUCACUGGGCACAGUGGGGAUGUGCUGAUGGUUGCACUUGGUGAAUUUAGAGGCCUUUUACAACCCUAAUGAUUGUGUGAUUUCAUUAUCUUAGGAGCACUAUGGGAACAACCUGGAGGCAAUAUCUAGAAGCAGAAAAGACCUGAGGCAUCCUUGAUUAAAACGUAAAGCAUCUACGUUUGAGACCUACAUGCCUCUAAAUCUUCAAAAAAAAAAAAAACCCAAAACAUUUUAUCUGUCACAUUUAUGACCAAAUUCCCUUUUACUUCCCAGUAUUGAGUAAUAAAAUCUGUGGACAGCUCCAGCAGGAUACGCAAACCACGUUCCUUACA